AGUAGUGGCACUCAUUACCCCUCAUACGGAGGCAGCGCUUCCCUGCGCACGCCGCUCCAGCCAGCGUAGGACCAGGCGGAUGCACGGAUGGGUCGUAUUUCUGUUGACUUUCGCAUGAUGUUGUCGUGUGUUGCGGCUCGCUCGCCACCGCCCGGUCUCUCCCCAUCCUCCCGGCCGCCCGUACCAUCGCGCUGACUGGAGGUGGAUGCGUGGAAGCAGCGGAUCCGUGCGCGCCGCGUCCGUGCAGGCGCUUUGAAAACCGCUGCGUCUCCGCUCGGGUUAGAGUCGACUGGAUCUGUCUGGCUGCUCCCGCUGCUCUGCUAUGACUCUGAGCUCCUGAAGAUUUUGCCUUUUUGAAAAACAAAAAAAAAAAAACUUUCCAUCCUUCUUGAAGCCCACUUGUUUGCUCCGCGAUGGGUUCCCGCAGCCAAGGCUUCUUCCACCACCACCACCACCACCACCACCACCGCAGCUCCAUGGUGCCCGCCACCGUGCCGAGGCUGCUGCCUGAGAGCGGCAGCCUGCUGGGGGGCAUCGCGCAAAUCACCCCCAACCUCUUCCUCAGCAGAGGGAACGUGGCGUCCAACCGCAGCCUGCUGUUGUCUAAAGGCAUCACCUGCGUUGUCAAUGCCACCAUCGAGCUCCCCAACUUCAACUGGCCACACAUGGAGUACGUCAAGGUGCCGCUGGCGGACAUGCCCCACUCCCCCAUCUCCCUGUACUUCGACAGCGUGGCCGAUAAGAUCCACAGCGUCGGGCGCAAACGAGGGGCGGUGCUGGUGCACUGCGCGGCCGGCGUGAGCCGCUCGGCCUCCCUGUGCCUGGCGUACCUCAUGAAGUAUCACCGCGUGUCUCUGGCCGAGGCCCACGCCUGGGUCAAAGCCCGCCGCCCCGUCAUCAGGCCCAACGGCGGCUUCUGGCGCCAGCUCAUCGAGUACGAGAGGAAGCUGUUCGGUAGAAACUCUGUUAAGAUGGUGCAGACGCCCUACGGGGUCAUACCCGACGUUUACGAGAGGGACCGCAGGAGCCUCGCUCCAUACUGGGGCCUGUGAGGCGAGGUCGUGCCAACUGUCCACAGCGACAGCUCCAAGAGGAAAACCCUUUUGCCCUUCUGGACUGCAGGUUCACGCCUGUUCUGGACAGGCGAAGAGAGAAACCCGAGUGUACGUGUGUGUGAAGCUUAUUUAACAAACAUUGGUGCGUUUGGAAGGAGGGAGUUUAACGGGACACUGGCCGUCCACGGUGCUGCUGUUCAUCCAAACCGUCUCCAUUUAGUCUUUGAGUGGGAGCAGGGGCCACUUCAAGCCCAGAAUCCUUCGGACCAGAGGACGCCAUGGGACCACAGCGAUAUCAGACACCAAGAUGAAACUCUGAGUGUGGGAGCGGGUGCCGUCUUAUCUCCUGGUCUGUCUUCUCAGCUCCAGUGUGAGGACAAGCGCUCUGUGAGGGCGUCUGCUGACAGUGAUGUGACUGAAGUUCUUUUCCCGACGUGGUGUCAUGUGGUGGUUUUUGUGCCAGUUUUGCAGUAACCUUAGUGUGAAGGGCAGCAGCAUGCUCUUAAUUUAUGGUAGCAUUAACGAUGAGUGUACAGAAAAACAAUAUAUAGGCAAAUAAUUUCACUGGAAUGUACUGAAAGUGAGGAAGAAGUCCAAGGCGCACUUUAAACAUUCAGAGAUGUUGUUCUAUCUAACUUUUUGACGAUGUAAGCUAAAAGUGAAGGUUUAAGGAAAGCUCCUGUGUAACACAGGGUUGACCGUCCUGUGACCACACUAUGUUAUUGUAGUGCUAACUCAAGCUGUAUUAAAAAAAUAUCUGCUGCCUCAA